ACCUCCUUUCUUGCGUCACAGGCGUUCCAUUUUGGAAGGAAGGGCUUUCAGAACCCGUCAGGAAAGGGCGAACUUCUCACUUUUCUGCAUAGUUUUCAUCUGUUCGUUUCCUUUUAAAGACUCCACCUUUGUUUCGGAAUAACUUGUCACUUGAUCGGUAAUCAUAGUUGUUCCUGACUCGAGAAAAUGCUUCGUCUUUUCGUUGGAAACGUAUUAAGUCAAGGUGGGAGGGCGGUCCAAAAUGGCCUUGGGGGGAGGGCAAUGCCGGCUGUGGCCUCGCAAGCACAGAGAAUGUGCUCUAGCGCAUCCGAUGAGGAGGUAGACGACCCGAAUUUCUUUCACAUGGUGGAAGGAUUCGUCGAGAGGUCUGUGGAGAUCGUGAAAGAUAAGUUAGUGGAUGAUAUGAAGGGAAAAGGCUCGGUGGAGGAGAAGAGAAAACGUGUGGAGGGCAUCCUAAAGAUCAUCAAGCCCUGCAACCACGUUCUGGCCGUGUCCUUCCCCAUCAAGAGAGACAACGGAGAGUUCGUCAUGAUUGAGGGCUACAGGGCUCAACACAGCCAACAUAGGACGCCAUGCAAAGGAGGUGUGCGUUACAGCAUGGAUGUGACAGCUGAUGAAGUGAAGGCUCUGGCAUCACUCAUGACCUACAAGUGUGCUGUGGUUGAUGUUCCAUUUGGAGGAGCAAAAGCUGGACUCAAGAUCAAUCCCAAGGAAUUCUCUGUGACCGAACUUGAGAAAAUAACGCGACGAUUCACUGUUGAAAUCGCCAAGAAAGGAUUUCUUGGUCCGGGAUUGGAUGUCCCCGCGCCGGAUAUGGGAACGGGAGAACGAGAGAUGAGUUGGAUGGCCGACACAUUCUCACAAACUAUGGGUCAUAAUGACAUCAAUGCAUUUGCCUGUGUAACGGGAAAGCCCAUCUCCCAGGGAGGCAUUCACGGCCGUGUAUCGGCCACUGGCAGGGGAGUGUUUCAUGGGAUUGAAAACUUCAUCAAUGAAGCAACCUACAUGAGUGCAGUCGGGCUCCCACCAGGCUUCCAGGACAAAACCUUCAUCGUGCAGGGUUUUGGUAAUGUGGGUCUCCACAGCAUGCGGUACCUGCACCGCUACGGAGCCAAGUGCAUCGGUGUGCUGGAAAUCGAUGGCAGCAUCUUCAACCCGGAGGGCAUUGACCCCAAGGAACUAGAGGAAUGGAAACUGGCCAACGGCACCGUCAUGGGCUUCCCUGGAGCGCAGACUUAUGAAGGGAACCUUCUGUAUGAGAAGUGUGAUAUCCUGAUUCCUGCUGCAGGGGAGAAGGUUAUCAACAAGCACAAUGCUCCACUCAUUAAGGCCAGGAUCAUUGCUGAGGGUGCCAAUGGACCGUGUACCCCUGAAGCAGACAAGGUCUUCCUAGCCAAUGACCAGCUGGUUAUACCCGACCUGUACCUGAACGCUGGUGGUGUGACCGUGUCAUACUUCGAGUGGUUGAAGAAUCUGAACCACGUCAGCUAUGGCCGCCUCACCUUCAAGUGGGAGAGAGAAUCCAACUACCAUCUACUAGAGAGUGUGCAGGAGAGUCUGGAGAGGAAGUUUGGGAAGAUGGGAGGACGUAUCCCCGUCACACCUUCAGCUGACUUCCAGAACAGGAUUGCUGGUGCCUCUGAGAAGGACAUUGUGCACUCAGGACUGAGCUACACCAUGGAGCGCUCUGCCAGGGCCCUCAUGCGUACCUCCGUCACCUAUGGCCUGGGUCUUGACAUGCGCACGGCAGCCUACGUUAAUUCCAUAGAGAAAAUUUUCCGCGUUAUGGAGGAGGCAGGACUGACGUUUGCUUAAGGCUAUCAUGCAGACAGCGAUGACAUAUAACAUGGGGCUGGACCUGAGAACAGCAGCCUUUGUCACCUCCAUUGAGAAAGUCUUCAGUGUUUAUGAUGAAGCAGGGCUCACAUUUUCAUAAGCUCAUAUUUAGGGCAACACUUGACCUUUUAUGCUUCUUUUUCACAAUUUAGUACGAUUUUGCUACUGUCAUAAGGACUGCUGAGAGAAUGAUUAUAUGGUGUACAGCCAUUUACUAAUUAAGGAAUUUCAUAUUUCUAUACAAGAUGCAUGGAACAGGGAAUUUUUUGCAAUGUAUAAGAAAUUGUAUUACAGGUUGUAAUGUCCUUGUAAUGUCCUUGGUUAAACAGAUAGUAUAUUCAAAGGGACAAUGCAGGUAGAAAGCAUUGAUUUAUUAACUAUUAAUCAAAUGUGAUGAUGUUGUUUCAAAUGGGAGCAUUGCCGGUUUUGGACCACUUAUAGAACUGAUUAUACCUUUUUACUUUACCAGCCAUGUUUGUAUAUCGUGGAUAUCAGUAAAUAUGUAUACAUUCAAACAGUAUCUUCACUGCAUAGAAACAAUUAUACCGGUACUUUGUUUUGAAUUUGAAAAGUGUCCUAUGUCUUUUUGUGAAGGAAAGUGAUGCUUGCUGUGUUUACAAAUGAUAUGCCAAAUGUGGAAGUUACCAUUAGCUGAUCUUAUCUGACUAGGAACAUGUAGGUGUUAUGUAUGAUAUGUUAUGUAUGCAGUACCAGAGGUAUGAUCUUAAGAUUGACAUUUAUCUGAGAUGAACAUACAUGUACAAGCAAUUAUCAAAAAUGUGUUGCAGUCCUUAGCUGGUAUUGUCAAAAUGUGUAAUGUCCAUACAUUCAUGUAUUGAUAUACCUGUAGUCAUGGCAGUUGGCCUGUAUUUAUUACCAUAACCCAUAAAACACUCCAGUGUUGUUACACCUUUGUUAAAGCUAUAGCAUUGUCACAUCGUUCACUCAAAUACAAAGCAUUAGUAACAGCUUGAAAUCACAACAAUAUAUCAUAUUUAAAGAUAAUCUUUGCAAUUUAAUAAAUUGUUAAUGAUGAAGUAA